GUCCACACACCUUCUUGUGAUAUGUGUGUAUACAUAUAUAUAUAUCUCUCUCUCUCUCUUUUCUUCGCCUUAAGACUUGCUUGUUUUGCCUCUUCUGCGUCUGUUCUUGUCGGUUUCUGCUGUCUUUUGCGUACCUCAAUUCGCCCGACCACAAUUAGUCAUGGCUGAAGUCGAGAGCCCAGCAACUCCCGCAUCGCCUAUCUUUCCUGAUACCCUGACCUCUGUCACCGCUCUUGCUCGUUUCGAGUUUGAGCCUGGAAGAGGCAAUGAGGGGACCAAAGUGAUGAUGGUCGAGUGGCAAGAUGACGACAAGGCCCGGUCGAAGUUGGGGAAAUGGCUGGUUUCGUGGACUGGGAAGCGUACAGCAUUUCCGGCAGACGACAACCCCUCCGACAAUAUUCGGCGUGUAUACUUUCUCCUCCCCCCGGGUGCCACUAUCCCUCCCCACGUCGCACUCGCAUACUAUCCUCCGCCGCAGCCUUCACAGCCAGAGCCCAAGCCUUUGCGAAUGACGGUCAAUCCUUUACCGGCCAUCUUCACACCGGAACUGGGAGCUACGGCCAAGGCUGCUGGCAAGAGAGGAGUCCUACACACAAUAUGGGCCAAAAAGAGGUUGCAAGUGCUCGCCAAGGAGAUCAAGCACGAGGAGGAGCACAACCUGGAAGGUAUCGCUCUGGAAAUGGCCUUGUCGGAACGCAGCUGGAUUGAGAACAAUUUCGGUGUUGCAUCAAAGCCUCCUGCUCUGGACUUGGGUAGCGUGUCGAAGGCUCCAACAGGCCCGACAAGUCCAGGCAUCCAGAGUCCGCGGUCCCCAGGGGGCCGGAGACUCAGUGAGAAACUGAAGGGAUUGAGCCUUGGAACAAGCGAGAAGGAUUUGGCGGGUCGAGGAUUGAACACCCCGACACGAGAGUCGCAUCCACUUUCGCCCGAAGCAUCAGACAUGGCGUUUUCAUCCUUCAGCGCAUUCAGCAAUGGACCCACGUCUGCUACAACGAAGAAGGUCGUCGCUCAAGCCCCGCCGGAGCAUAUCAGAAAGCAACAGGAGUCAACUUCAGUUUCCAUGGAUCUCACGGCCAACAAGUCAGUCGAGCCCAAUGAGGAUGACCUUUUUGCUGUUGCUCUGAGUCCAAGGUCGCCUGAUGAUACCAAGAGUCCCUUCUCGUUUUCGAGUGCAGAUAUUGGGGCGUUGGCAAAUGUCAAGGGCCAGCGCUGAAUGAGUUUCUGAAUUGUUGAUUUGCAAGCGGUGCCGGAAGAGACACAAAUUUAUGGUCGAAAUGACUUAUGAACGACAAUGAAAUCUACUCGAGAAAUGGCUAGUGGUCACUCUGUCCGACACCGAGACAGACCAUACAAGUUCUCAUGUUAAUCCACGUCCAAGCUUCAUACUUUACCAGCCUGACUCGAACGACACCAACCUCAGCAAUGCACGACGCCCGAACCCUGAUGCGUAACCACUCUGAAAUAGACAACGAAAACAGCUCAAUACCCUAAUCAUGCCAAUACUGCGACCGCGACCAACGCCACGAUGGCUAAGCCCGAAUUCAUCAACCGGCUGGCAUCACCAGUGUAUGUCGUCGCAGGGGCGGAAGCCACGGUGGCAGCGGUGCUUGGCGGUGGGGGAGGAACAUUAGUACCAGCACUUAUCACAGGGGGCACCGUGUAGUUGGAUGCGGCCAUUGUCGGGGCUGGGGCCAUAGCGGUCUUGGUGCAUCCGCAGUUGUUGUCGUACCAGGUGUAUGUUGUGCCUGGCAUUCCACCAGUGGCAGCAGCAUUGGCAGGCAUCGCCGAGGUCUUGUGGCAACCGCAGUUGGGAUCCCAGUAUGUGACGGUUACGGUGGGUUCUGCAACAGCCGAAAUCAGGGUUGCGUUUGGCAUGUAUGUGGGAAGCAUGGUCGACAUCGGUGUCGUUGAAGAUGUAACUGGUGGUGCGAUCAUCAUGGAGCUUGAAGUCGAGCUCGACAUGGGAGGCGCUGCACCACCCGCCGCGCUCACGGCGAAAAGUGGAGAGAAGUUCGAAGAGCCGCUCUGAACGAUGCCCACUCCAUAUUCGCCCGGGACGAAGCUAGCGGGAACAGUGAUGGUCCAGUCGUACUCUCCCGAAGUUGCUGCAAUGUCGGCUGUAGAUCUGGUUAGCUUUGCCAGUGGCUUGCCCAAGCAGAGCUGCGGACAUACUAGCAACAGGCUCAUUCCAGCUCAUGUUUCCGAAGAACAAAGAGACGGGCGUCCCAUCUCCAGCUGUGAAGUGGAUGGGCAAGACCUGUCCGACGGUCGCGGGACCCCAAGUCAUACUGGUGAAGUCUGCCGUCUGGGCGAAGACCUGAGUGGCGAAAGCGCCGACGGCGAUGGUGACGAGGCGGAGCAUGGUGUUGGUAUGGCGAGCGUGUUUUCGAAUGGCUGGUCUGGUUGGGGCAAGCUUGGUUAAAGAGCUGGAUCGAUAAAGUCAAAAAGAGCGACAAGGGACCAAAGGAGUGACUGGGGAGGGAAAGGAAAGAGGAAUCAGAUGCCAUCCAGACGGACACGCGCAGGCAUGCUCGUAAAUGAAGGUGGCCGGUCAGAGUUGAUUUGUUUGUUAUGGGGGCGAUUCGAUCGCCGAGUAUGAUGCAUUCCAGUCCCAAAUAUGCAAACGCCCGCGCACAGACAAGAUCUGGUCGUGCUGCGUUCCCAGGCGUGCCAGGGGCGGUUGAUCUCGUUGCGAAGCGAAAACCUUGGAGGACGGCUACUGGUUACGAUGGAGCUGGAUCCAACAACUUGAAAUCCAAGAGAUUCUAGAUGUGAUGGGGACGUCGUUGUUCGAGCUUGGUAUGGGCUGGCCUGCAUGAUCCUAUGCAUUUAUGGAGAGGAGAGGAAAGGUCUGAGCCCCAGCACGGCAAAUUCCAUGCGCUCACCAGAAAACCGGGGUCCUGCGAAUCGCAUCGAUCCAACCUCGACUAUAUACUUGCCUGGUCCAUGGCUGGAUUGAAGGGACGUCGUUGGUACUGUGCUGUGCUUGUUCAGGUCGAGACGAGCAUAUUGUUGCUGUUGGCUCUCUAAUCGACUCCACACACACACA